AGCUGCCUCCCAGGGAGGUGAGUAGGGAGGGAGUGUCCACAGCUUCCUGUUUCCUUUCCAGCUGGGAAGAGCAACAGCACACACAGCAGCCUCUGCCUUCCCUGUGCCCCUCUGGAGGCCUGCGGUCAAGCUGCUAAAGGACCUGGGACUAGACUCAACUCUAGGGGGACACUGGGCUCUGUGUACCACAGCCCUCCUAUAGAUCCAGCGGACUAGAAGCCAACAGGCUGCCAGCCUUCAGGGCUGCGGAGGCCACUUCCCCCAUGGAGCUGUAAUGGAAACUUUUCAGAGGCUCUGUGUGCAAAGGCUCGGGUUCCUGCCCUGUGUGGGGCUCUAAGAGGCAGCUGAUCGCUCGCUCGCAAGACCAGGCAGGUGGGCAAGCACUCGCAGGACACAGGAGCCAGGACCAUGUUCCAGUAAAUGAGGUCUGCAGCCCGAGUCUCUCGCUCUAAUUCCCACCCGCGGACACGCCGUCCAACCAGAGAGAAUGAGGGGACCACGUGGGGCUCACAGCCUUCCAGGACUGAGAGGGAUGGUGACAGGAAGUGCCCUCCCUCUAUCCUGAGACCCAGACGGCAAGAAUGUGGAUGCCGCGGGGGUGAGCCACAGAGAACUUCGAGGCACGUGCGGUUCCGAGAGCCCCUGGAGGUGGAGGUCCACUACAUUGCCCGCAAGGACACGGCAGCCGCCAUCGAGGUCCCCAGCCGGCCAGCUUCCCAUGGUGGCUCCCCACUACAGUCAGCAUCCUGCAGUGGCUCCCUAUUCCUGUGGCUGACACUGUGUGCUCUGCUUGGAGUGGUUCUGGUCCUGUACUGUGGCCAGGCCAAACGUGUCACAGCAGCCCUGGAGGACCUCUGGGCUCAGCUCCUCAUCCUAAUCUUGCGCCUGUGGCGUGUGGUCCUUGCCUGUUGGCACUGCCUCCUGCAGCUCUGACUCGUGGCUGAAUGGCGAUGUCACCUCUCGAGAACACUAGAAGUUGAUGCUGUUGGAAGCCCGGAGUGGUUUGGGGGAAUUGUGCAUGCUGGGGGAGUCCAGGCACUAAGGCUAACCCCAGGACAAAGCUCUGCUAGCCAAUGCUUGACAAACCCAGGAACUCCAAAAGGCUGCUGUCAACCUUUAAGUGUGAAAAGAGGGAGGCUCUGGCUUGACGCUACAGGCACCUCCUACUCCAGUCAGCAUAGGCUGGGAUCUUGGGAUUUUAAGACUCGAUCAGAGAAGGAAAUCAACUGUCAUAGCUGGGGAUUCAUAUGUUCCUGCCCAGUCCUCUGUCUUGGGAGCCAUAGCCUGGGUGUCACUGUACAUAGCUCUUUGAGGAAGCGCAGCCCCUGCCUCUGAGGGGCGGUUAGGAAGGCAAGCCCCAAGUCCCUGCUGCUUUGAGGGCUGGGCCCAGCUUUUGCCAUACCAUCAGGAGACAGGGUGCCUCUCUCUCUCCAGUUCAUGGAGCCCAUGAGAAUCGUGGCCUUUUUCUCUGAGCCCAGGUCUGAAUUCCUCCACUUCAUGCCAAGAUCUGUCAGGGGUCACUGUGGUAUGGGAACAGAGUCCAGCUCUGAACACAGUUGCUCUCAGAACAGGAGUGUGGCACCGAGGUCCUACUUUUGGGGCCAUACACAAGCCCAAAGCCAUCAGACCUGUCCACCAGCUGCAGGACCUGUGAGUGUCCUGAACCUCUGUGAACACUGUUCUGUCACUCAUGUUGAAAGGCAAGGGAAAGUGAGCACAUCCCAGACCUGCCUGCAGGGGGCGCCCUGAGCACAGCAGGGAGGCCCAGUCGGACACCUGGAGGAUCCGCCAGGGGGACCCUGCACCACCCUGGAACAAACAAAUGAGCAGGGUUUGGGAGCCAGGAUGAGACUGGGGGUAGUCCUCUUAAGGUACCCUCUACUUAUGUGGGCAGACAGGGACCCCAUAUUAAAGUACCUGCAGGAUACUUCAACCUCAGGAUUAUUGCAAAAUGAACAGAGGGAGACACUUGCUGAGGAAUCCCUCCAGGUUCAAGCACGGGGGUUCAUCUAGGUGCCAGAGCACACUCGCCCCCACAGCCCACAGGUCCCUUGCAGCUGUCAUUCACGAGAAGUUGGGGGACCCACCAUGCACCCAGGACCACAUCCUCCCCAGCAAGACAUGCCAAGAUUCCCAGAUCACUGAGGUGCAAUCUGCCCCUCUCUGGCCUUCCGGUGCCCAACACAGUGGUCUCCAGACACAGGUUUGGAGAGCACAGUAGGUGUGAGCCCAGUGGAGCGAAACCCUUCUCUAGAAGGCGUCUAGAAGCGGUCUAAACAGGACCAGUCUGGAAAGCCACUCGCCAGGACUGGCCAUCAUCAUGGUUACUGUUGCCUGCACCAGUCCAGCUACCCUGGGACUCUCUCCAUCUCAUCCUGCCCCGGUCAAAGACGGGCUCAUUACUGGCUUGUAGUCAGGAUAUGCAAACACCUCCAGACCGCUCUUCCAGCCCUGCUUCUGAGGGUGGAUGCCCGUCAGGAGGGGAAGUGGAGAGCCAGGGCUUCCCACCUCAUAGGCAGCAGCAUUUGCUGCAAAGGCCACAGAAAAAGUGCCCCACUCUCUCUGUAAGGGCCACAAAACAGCCCCAGCUCGUUUUUUGGGUUUCCAUUUGCUUUGUUUCAUUUUUACAGUGCGAACCCAGCACAGCAAGGCCAAGAGUCUGCCACGGCUACAUUCCCCAGCCUGAUUUUGUCUUAGAAUAAAUGUUCAAGGACAUACACAGACAUGUAUGUGCCCCAGAGGUGUCACUAAAACCCAUCCUCAUGCCCAGGGUAGGGGUGGGGUGUAGGAAUGGUCAGGGGAGCUGCAAGAGUCGAACUCCUUACAACGCACACACAUGAAGGACAAUGCACACACACGAAGGACAAUGCACACACACGAAGGACAAUGCACACACAUG